UCCCGUAAUUUUUGAGUGACCUGUCAGCUGUGACACUUUCGCGCGUUGUAAGAGCACGAACGGUGACGGUAUAACGGUAGUGUGUAUGCGGUUCAGUGAUGUACUAGUGUGUACGCAUUAUUUUAUAGUUAAUAUUACUUUAUCUAGAAACAUAAAUACUCGUACAUUUUUUUCGCUCUUAUGGCGAAAAAGAGCUUAUUUCUUACGUAUGUGCUGUGGCUGAUAGGCGGUAUAUUUGGUUUGCAUCAUUUUUAUCUGGGAAGAGAUUCACAAGCCUUCUUGUGGUUUUGUACAUUGGGGGGUUACGCUGGAUGUGGGUGGCUACGAGAUAUUUUCAGAAUCCCUGAAUACGUAUCUGAUGCCAAUGAAGAUGUCACCUACUCAGACACUUUUAAAAGAAAGAUACGAACGCAAGAAAAACCACCCAGCUCUAUGACCAGGUUCUUCGGCAUGAUCAUCGUGGCAUUCAUCUGGAUGUCCGUCGUGGCCAAUGCCAUCCCAGAGGAGCCGGUCGCAGGCGUCAGCUGGAGCUUCUUGGUCGCGCUGGUGCCUCUCGCCUGCGCCCUGGGUGUCUGGGUUGUUGGCAACAUUGGACGUGAGGAAGGAACCAUCUGGUGGGCCUUGGGAGCUGCGUAUGCUACAUUCCCCCUCUACUUCUACCUGGAUGACUACUCCACAGCCUAUUCGUUGAUAGCAUUCGCCUCAGCGUAUGCUUUUGAUGCCAAGUCCAAACGGUGGAGGCGAAGACCUUCAAAGCCAAAGUCUUUGCUCAGGCGGGUGGUGACACUGUCUCUGUGCGCGCUGCUGUACGUGUCGCUGUGGGGCAGCUACCUGUACUUCAACGCGAGGCUGACGGACACGGAAGGGGAGGAGGUUCCCGUCCACGAGGCCCUGCGCAACUUCCUGUCGUCCCCGUACUGGCUGGACGUGAAGCAGUCGUUCCGUGACACCUGGGCGUUCGCGCGGCACCACGGCUGGCUCGAGACGUGGCGCCAGAUCCUGGACCUCUCCGACCUGCACGGCGAGCAGAACGCCUACAAGGUGCUGAAUCUGUCGAGCGGAGCCUCCGAGGAAGAAAUCCGUGCGCAGUACCGGGCCUUGUCCAAGCAGUACCACCCCGACAAGGUGAAGGACCCUGCGUUGAAGAGGGCCGCUGAGGAGAGGUUCAUGGAGCUGUCGCAGGCGUACGAGACCAUCUCCAAGAUCAAGUCGCGGAGGAGUCGGCGCAACAAGAAGUACGAGAAGGAGCUUUAGUGGCCAAUGCCAGGGCAGGGUUGUCAAGAUAACGUGAUUUCGGGACCAACCAGGGAUGUAACAUUUAGAAAACAUUGACGAAUGUCUUGAUUUUUUUUAAUCUCAGUUGAAACUAAUGUUGAGAAAGAAGUAAAAAUAUUUAUUUAAUUAGAGCUAAGUGAGUAUAGACUUAUAUUUAUUUUUGUUUUUAUGUUGCUCAACCUACUUCCUUUACUCUAGGGAAUUCAAGUUUGAAUCUCGGCUGGUCUGGACUAUGUUUUUUUUUGCAAAUGGGCAGUGUGGAUGGAAUUGCACCCCACCACCGUUCUAUCCUCUCAUUCAUUCAUUCAUUUAUUCAUUAUUCAUUCAUUCUCUGGGCUGGCCGUGAAUGUUAGAUGUUGUCCUUGAGGCUAGCCAGCUGUGCAUGAAGAGUGUAGUUAAGUUUUUAUAUAGAAUUUGUAUAGAUUUUGUAGUCUUUUUUAUGCUACUGUAUAUUUAUACUUUGAUAAUUCAUAGAUAAUUAUCAUAGAUGUUUUGUAUUCAUAGAUAUAGUAAUUAAUUUUGAUUUAGAUGUUUCAAUUGAUAAACUGUUAUUUAUUUAUUCAAAUUCUAACAUAUUACAAAUUGUGUUUUUCCAUCAUUUUGUUCUCAAAUAAAAACAAAUUAAUUAAUUCCACACUAUCUUAAACAAAAAUUAAGACUUCUAAGUUCAAAAUGGACUUAAGUGUAGCUGUAGAAUAUCUAUUGUUUUAUAAUGAUUUGAACCAGUAAAUAAUUUAUCCUUAGGCAUUGUUUGUGACAUCUGGAGACUGGAGUCAUCUAUUAUUGUCUGAGGAUGGUCACGUGUGGUACAGUUCUCUACAAGCGAAACACAGCGCAACACACUUCCAACUAAUUAUUGGCAGAUUUCCUUCAAACUUUUUACUUUUUUAAACAAAAUUUUAGCAGUUCCUCGAAAAGGGGCCAGAAUCUAGAGGUGGUCUUAAUAAAUAUGGUCAUAACAACAGGGUUUUACUGUAUGUAGUUCGUUGAGGUAGGUUAAUAUCUGCAUCACUAUAGGGUUUUUUAUAGUGCUAUUGCACAGGGUUGUCUAAGGAGGCGGAUACUGAGUUUGGGCGCAACCACGUGAUUUGUGGGCACGUGGACCCGGCGAGACUCCUUUCUCGGGCUGUGACGUCGCCCAAGUGCGACGAGGCAUACAACCCUAAUAAUGCUUCGUUGGCCCCUAACACCCGCUCUCAGCGGCGGGCACGUUGGUACACUUGUGUAAUGCCCUAAUCUUUACCUAGGUGGGCUCUAGGCGUCCCACACGCCAGGCGACUACACCGGGGCACCCGUGACCGAAAUAAUAUACACUCGAGAUUCACAUCUGAUAUUUAUUAAACAUUCCUCGUCUCUACAUUGUUCAUGAGAAGCGGAUAAAAAGCCAACGGCAAACAAUCGGUUUAGGAGGUGGGCCAGGUCACCACGUGGCCUGACCAAAGAAACGCAACAAAGUUGAAUUUAAAAUGCUCGAGGAGCUUAAAUUCUUAUUGAAACAGUCUACCACCCGGAGUAGGCCUCGAAGACAGAAAGAAAGCGAUUUAGAUUAAUAUAUGCAAAACGGAUGCUAACGGAUCAGAUAUUACCAAACAAUGAUAUCGACGAGGUGCGGGAGCGUCCCACUCCGGGUGGCGGAAGAACAAGACUGGCCGGACAACAGGGUGUCAUGGCGUCUCCCAACACUCGAGUUCCCGUUAGCUUGUUAACUUAUAGUUAAUCUAAUUACUAACAUAGUUUACCCUUUUAAAUAUUAGUAAUAAUUACACGACAAUUUCUGAGACUUCCAUCUGAUUUCAUAACAGUAUACUUAAUUAAUUAUUGUAUAAAGAUUAUUCAUCGGUAGUUCUUGUAGCGGCCACGUGUGGCGCUGCACUGUCCUUCCUGUGACUUAAGACAAAACACUGGGCAAAAUUAUAAAAACACACAAUACAUAGCCCUUUAUUUCUUUACUUAUUAAUUAAUUACUAUUUUACAUUUCUGGGCCGUCACACUGCCUCUAAUGCCUCUUGCGGCUCACACACACACACACACACACACAUUCACACGUCACCGUGGCGGGCGGUUCAAACAGAGGGUGAUGGUGGGAGGGUGGUGGCGCUGGCGGAACAGGGGACACAUCGGGCUCAAGGGAGGGUGCAGCCCUGGUUGACGUCAAUAGUGUCCAAAUAAAUGAUUGACUACCGUUAGAGAGCGUUGUGUAAUUGAAACUUUACUUUAGUCUUUUAGUUGUACAAGUUGUAAGACUUACUAUAUAGCGAGGUGAGUAGCGAUGUCAUUGUCAGUUUUGAAAGCUGCAGAAUAAAACUCUCUGGAGAUAUCUUGUUUAUUCUCUGGAGGUAGUCAUCGAACAUUUCCCUGGAUAAAUCUGUUUCCUCUGUGAUUCCACAAAUAGCUGUUCUUAGGACUCGGUCUCACUUGUCAUGCUGAUUUUUUUUUUUCCGUCAUUACUUUUAUUUAAGUGCUUUUCUAAAAUCUUGACUCUAUACCUCCCUUGCAUUUGUUGUUCUCUCACAAAUAUUUUCAACAGAUAUUCUCCAAGAGUAAUAUAAUGGGUGUAAAAGCCACUCAAGUUAUAAUAAUUACACAAACUUUUAAUACUUUUUACACUUAUAAUAUUAACACUUGGUGAAUAUCUGUUAAAAAUAUUGGAGACAGAACUGCAAAUGCCAGAGUGGUAUUGUGUUGGAGUUUCAGAAAGAGCCCUUAAAUAUCAGUAAUGAUGAGAAAAUGUAAAAAUAACAUGGCAUGUGUGAAUGAGCCAUAAAAGAAUGUAUGCAUUUGAUUUGGGUGGAUAGUAAUGUAUUUAUCAUAAAUAUGACCGUGUUAACAGAUUUUUUUUAUACAUUUAUUGUUACCUAAAUGUCAUAGAUGUUCAUAUAGGAGCCAUUGUUUUCCUUUGUGGUGGGUCACAGUAGAUAAGCUCCAUUGCCAAGUUUCUUCAGCCAGCAUAACAGUUUACCAGACACCAGUGCCCCCGUUUGUAGACUACAUGUUAUUUCACAGUACAUUUUACCUUCAGCAUUUCCUUCAGACAUCUGAGCUUUUAUUCUUUUUGAUGACUUAGAGCCAGAGCAACAGCUAGUAAACCUACUUGUACUCCAUGUCUGGACUUCGGAGUCUAACCUGGUGGCCACAUGUAGCAUUGGUGACAGUGACUACCUGUUUGGUACCAUGUAGCACCUUCUGUACCAUAGGCCCAUUAUUGCCAAACACUGCGUGAUGUUGAGUGGCCAUUGACUGAUUGGGGAAUAUACUGUCUUGAGCAGUGCUUCAACAUUGGCAAGGGGAAAAAAAAAGGGGGGGGGGGCAUGAAAAGACAAAAUGAGUAAGCUGGUCUAGAUGGUCUGUUUCCUUGCAAGCAUACCCAUUCGUGUCAAAUGCUCAUGUUCUUCUCGUUGGUGUCUUCUAUUUUUUUUUUUUUAAUCUGGAAGUUUUAUGCAUUCCUCCAUAAACUCUGCUAUGUGUUUUUAUUACAAUAGUUUGUGAAUGAUGGUAUAAUUUAUUUAAUAACAGUACAUUUUUAUUUUAAACAUUUAAUCAGGUUGUUUAUAUGAGUGAUGAACGACUUCAGUCCUGAUGUAUUUUAUAUAAUGUUCCUUUAGUACACCUUACUGUAGUAAUUUAUUGUACUUAAUACUUAAGGUGGUUUUUAUACACUGUUUAUAUUUGUUUUGUUUAUUAAAAGUAUUU